AUGACGACCGGCAGCGCAGGUUCUGCCGCCUGCCGUUGCCUCUUGUUUGGUCUUCCGUCUUCCGCUCGUUUGUGUGAGCAACUACGCGCCCUGGGACAGACCCUUCGCUGGGGCGCAUCCGGAAUCCGUGAGGCGGUGCAUGCGCCCCCAGGCAACUGGCGGCAUUCUCCGCUCGAAUUGCAACAGCUCGCGUGCCAUCGCACGGCCAAUCUAAGAAACAGCCUCCCGCCUACGGGAACACCUGUGCUGACCGGCGCCUGCGACUAUCUGAACAUUGUCCAGAUGGGACAUGUUCAGCGCAAUCGAAUGUUUCGACUGCAUUUGAUAGCGCGCGCCACUUCGCGUGACAUCAUCGCAUACUUGGAAGGCGUUUGGUUCCAACGGCGAUUCCGCGCACCGUUCCGAGACAUCGCGCCUCUCCACCCGAAGGCUGUGAACUAUCGUCGCUCCUUUUGCGGCCACAUGAUGAAUACACCUGAUAGGCUUGGCUAA